AUGGCGGCGAGCAACGGCCUCGAGGGUGUGCUCCUGGGGAUGGGCAACCCCCUUCUCGACAUCUCCGCCGUCGUCGACGAGGCCUUCCUCGCUAAGUAUGAUGUCAAGCUGAACAAUGCCAUUCUCGCCGAGGACAAGCACUUGCCCAUGUAUGAUGAGUUGUCCAGCAAGGGCAAUGUUGAAUAUAUUGCUGGAGGAGCCACGCAGAACUCUAUCAGGGUUGCCCAAUGGAUGCUUCAAACUCCUGGUGCAACAAGUUACAUGGGUUGCAUUGGAAAGGACAAGUAUGGUGAGGAGAUGAAGAGUGCCGCUAGAGCUGCAGGAGUCACUGCUCACUACUAUGAGGAUGAGGCUGCUCCUACAGGCACAUGUGCUGUCUGUGUUGUUGGUGGUGAAAGGUCAUUGAUUGCAAACUUAUCUGCAGCGAACUGCUACAAAUCUGAGCAUCUAAAGAAGCCAGAGAACUGGGCACUAGUUGAGAAAGCAAAAUACAUCUACAUUGCUGGCUUUUUCCUUACGGUGUCCCCUGAAUCUAUUCAGCUUGUUGCUGAGCAUGCUGCUGCAAGUAACAAGGUUUUCUUGAUGAACCUCUCCGCUCCCUUUAUCUGUGAGUUUUUCCGUGAUGCCCAAGAGAAGGUUCUUCCGUAUGCGGACUACAUCUUUGGAAAUGAAACUGAGGCAAGGAUCUUCUCUAAAGUCCGUGGGUGGGAGACUGAGAAUGUCGAGGAGAUCGCUUUGAAGAUCUCACAACUGCCUCUGGCUUCUGGGAAACAAAAGAGGAUUGCUGUGAUUACUCAGGGUGCUGAUCCAGUAGUUGUGGCUGAGGAUGGGAAGGUGAAAACAUUCCCUGUGAUCCUAUUGCCCAAGGAGAAGCUUGUUGACACCAAUGGCGCUGGUGAUGCGUUUGUUGGAGGCUUCCUCUCUCAGUUGGUUCAAGGGAAGAGCAUCGAGGACUGCGUAAAGGCCGGUUGCUACGCAGCAAACGUUAUCAUCCAGCAGUCUGGCUGCACUUACCCUGAGAAGCCCGACUUCAACUAG